GCACACACACACACGUACACACGCAUAAAGCAUCCAGCAGAGUGGAGCGUCCACCACACCAGCUGGUUAAGUUGUCCUCUUCCUGUCUUUCUCCUUCAUUCCCCAGCAGCUUCAAGCAGGACUACAGACGUCCCAGAGACUCUUCCGCUCCUCAGACAACCCCCCACGGCUCGUCACCGUCUGCUUUCUCCGGUGACUGCGGAUUUUUCUUCGAGCCUUUCGGGGAUUACACAGUUAUCUGCCAUUCAAGCAGGAAUACAACAUUUUGUCCGCCCUGUGGUUGAAGUGCACCGGUCCGAGUUGGAAGAGCAACAGCCUCCACCGGAGCAUCAGUGAGGUAACAAAGUUCUACAUCACACUGCAGUCAUGGAUGAGAUGGACCUGCCCCAGAUGAAGAAGGAAGUGGAGAGCCUCAAGUAUCAGUUGGCCUUCAAAAGAGAGAAAUCCUCCAAAACAGUGACAGAUUUGGUGAAGUGGAUAGAGGAUGGCGUCCCAGAGGAUCCCUUCUUGAACCCCGAGCUAAUGAAGAACAACCCAUGGGUGGAGAAGGGAAAGUGCAUCCUUCUGUAGGAGAAAGCAUCCAGCCUGUCAUUCCCCGUCGGCUUAAACCGCACCUACAGAGGACCCCUUACCCCAGGACGCUGCCUCCCAACCUCUCACCAUGAAUGUACAACAAUCCCCACAACACACACCCCGUCAAGGCCACACCAAACACACUGACACACUUUUGCCUGACUGCCACAAGUUCACUGCAAGUUCAUUCUUGCAUUCUUACUGUAUAACGAUCAAUACUCCACUUUAGUCUCUAUAUACGACAACCUACUUAUGCAGCCGCAAGGCACAAUGUUUCACUCUGUUUUUAACAUUAACACCUACGCUGUUUUGUUGAAUUCAUGGUUGAUGAGCUAAUCCUCCUAACAUCCGCACUGUCAGACACACUGAAGACCCGCUGGCUUACUUUGAUUCCGCUUUUAUUUCACUUGUUACCAACGCAAACUAACUUUUUAUAUUUCCAAAAUAAACUGAUUGUUUAAUUAGGAGGACGACAUAAUGAUGCCUUAAAGUCGCUCACGGUCAUUAUUUGCAUUCGUGCUGACAUUUUUCAGCAGUUUUAAGAAGCAAUCCAAACACACCAGGUCGCUUCAAAUAAUACUACAUUUAAAGACAUUGCGACUGUAUUAUUAUUUUUUUUUCACUUAUUAAUAACUACUUGUACACUAGGGAUGUCCAAACUUUUUCCACCAAAGGCCCGACAGUGAAAAAAAAUCAAAGGAUGUAAAAAAGGCUAAAAAAAAUAUAUAUAUAUAUAAGCUUUGUGUUAUAGGUGACAAAGCAUAUUAUUAUGCAGCAAUUCAAUAUUUUGUCAUUGCGUUAAUCCAGUGUGUCCAAAGUAUUUUAAUUGGCCCCGCGGCACAUUCUAAAAUAAAAAAAAAAAACAGCAAAAAUGGGAAAAAAAGAGCAGUCAUUUUACAAGAAUAAAGAUGAAAUAUUAGGAGAGUAAAGCCAUAAUAUUAAGAGAAAAAAUAGCAUAAAUUGGAAAUAUUAUAGGGAAUAAAAGUCUUAAUAUGAGAAACAAACAAAAUAAUAAGGUUGCAAUUUUUGGAAAAUUCGGUUGGGAAAAAUGUAUAUUACGAUAAUAAAGUCCAAAUAUUAUGAGAAUGAAGUCAUAGUAUCAGAAGAACGUUUAAGUAUUUGCAACAAUUUUUGAAAAUAGCAAAAAGUGUGACGCAAGGUGAAAAUGUUUACUAAUAAUACGCUUUGUCACUGACACAAAGCUUAGAUGCAGGCUGUUUGUUUUUUUUUUUUAUCUAAAAAACAUCUAAGCAUAUCUACAUGGGUCGGUUUAAAAAAUGUAAAAUUGCAUCCUUUGAUUCUUCAGCAUCUGAGAGUCGAGCGCGCUAGCCAGUCAGCUAAAAACCCAGGCUUUCAACCCACUGGCCAGCGCAGCUCUUAAGGUGUCAGGGAGUGACGUAGUAUUACACAGCUAGAUCACAGACCAAUAAAAAACAAGCUGCAGGCCAUUAAUAGCCCCCGGGCCGCACUUCGGACCCCCCUAUUAUACAUUAUUUAUUUCCGACAUUUUCAUAGUUUAUUCUAAGCCUUUUCUGCAAACAUGAGUUUGAAAAAGUGUGCAUACGCUCCGUAAUUGAAGUCAUAUAUUUUAGCAUUGCACAUCUGACAAUAGAGAAAAUAUCCCACCAGACUAAAUUCACUGCCUGGAAUAUUUGACCAAACAACAAAAGCCUUUCCCCGUACUAAAAGUAGGCACGUUUACAGCUUUGCUUUGUAAGCAUGUUUUUACAAUACACCAUAUUAACGCAUGUCGUUGUUCCUUUCUGUCAUUAGAUCGGAGUGUGUGUGUGAGCGUGUGUGUGUGUGUUUGUUUGUUGUUGUUCUGGGUCUCUCGAGGGGUUUUUAGUUCUCCGUCCCCUCCUUACCGACCGUCCCUACGGACGACACCAACAGUCAGCGUACAAACACUCUCUUGACCCCUUUAACUUAUGAAUCAAUACUUUCGCUCUAUUUAUUUUUAUUUAUUUAUUUAUGAGAACCUUUUCCUGUGAUGAGUGCUGACAUGUUCCUGUUUGGUUUCGUCUCCAUCUCCCUCAUAUUCCCAACAACAGAAAUCCUAGAAUGCAACGACUUGUCAGAUCAACUGCCUUGGACACAGUUUCCUUAAAAGAAGAAUGUAAAUAGUUGGCAUGAGGUUUCCACACUACCGCUGACCACUGUCUGUGUUUAACUGUGUCACGUUGCUUGGGGGGAAAGGUGAUGAAGUAGGACGACACGGGAACCUCACGUCAUCUCAGUACUGUAAUGACUCUCAUUAUGUUGGCUUUUUCCAGAUCCCCAAAGGCCUGUUCUGUAAUUGAGUGACUUUUGUACAAUGGAUUAAUUGCAUAUAUUUAAUUGAACGUACAUGGUUUCAUGAUGUGCUAAUUAAUUCAUAUUUGCAUGCAUAAAAUAGCACUUCCGUCCGUGUCAAACAUAUAUGAGAGGAACAUCUUGCCAAGCAGGUGCUGGUUAUAUUUAGUCAAUUGUGAAACUAAAAUAAAGGCAAAUUAAAAAAAAAAAAACCCAACAUGUUACUUGAAAAGUACCCCCUGUAAUAACACAUUUCAUUUUUAAUUUUUUUCCAAGUUUAGCUGCUUGUGUCCAUGUGUAGCCAAGCUAAUUAGUGAAAUUUUGCUGGUCACUGCAUGACAAGGGACUGGUAAAGUGUAUUCCACCGUGCAAAGAGAUGAACUUCUGAGCUUCGUGUUUGGAGUUUUUCCAGGAACCCAAGUGCUCUCAGUUCUGGUCUUGAAAUUCUAUGUUUGGUGUCUUCUCCAACAUUUGAACUGUAUUUUGGGCAUUGAAUCGAUCACAACGGGACCUUUCAGGGUGUUUUAGAAGAUGUUUUGCACCUCAUUCAGCGGGCUUCAUCAGUUCAUGCUCGGAUGAGAGGCGAAACGUCUUCAAAGACAAUCUAAACCAGGGGUGUCCAAACUUUUUCCACGGAGGGCCACAUACUAAAACAUGAAAGGAUGGAAGGGCCACUUUGGUAUUUACGAAAGCAACACAUGCAGAUAUGCUAAGAAGUUACAUGUAUUCAAAGAAACUGCAUGUCAGCUCCGUGACAACGGUGAAAAAGCGGAUUAUUAGUAUGAAUUUUUCCCAUUUUUGCUGUUUUUUUAAUUUAAUUUUCCAAAUAUUUCCACUUUUUUCUUAAAUAAUCUUUCAUUUUGAGUGAGAGAAGGUUGGAGUGUGAGGUCGACAGCGUCUGCAGCAAUGCGGUCGCAGUACCGGACCGUUGUGGGGAAGAGAGAGCUGAGACAGAAGGCAAAGCGCUCAAUUUAUGUUCCCACCCUCACCUUUGGUCAUGAGCUUUGGGUUGUGACCGAAAGAACGAGAUCACAGAUACAAGCGGCCCAGCCGGGAGAAGGUCCCGGGUCAGACCUAAGACACACUGGGGGGAUUAUGUCUCACAGCGGGCCUGGGAAUGCCUUGGUGACCUCCCGGUGGAACUGUCGGAGUCUGGACUUCCCAACUGAGACCGGAUAAGCAGAAGAAAAUGGAAUGGAAUCUUUGUCAAUUUUCUUCUCGUAGGAUUAUGACUUUAUUGCCAUAUUUUGGCUUUAUUCACAUUACAUAUUUUUCCCCAACCAAAUUUUUCAAAAUGUAGAUCUUUAUUUUGUUUUGUUUGUCAUAACAUUAUGACGUUUAAAACACAACAUAUUUUUUCUCUAAUAUUUCAAGUUUUUUCGCAUAAUACUAAGAAUUUAUUCUCAUAAAAUUGUAACUUUUUUCUCUUAAAAUUCCAGCUGUUUUUGCCAUUUGUGCUGUUGUUUUUUUUGUUUUUUUGUUUUCAACUUUCUUCCCAUAAAUUUAUUAUGGGACUUUCUUCCCAUAAUAUAAUAUUUUAACCAAUCAAAUUUUCCAAAAAUUACAAUUUUAUUUGUUGGUUUGUUUGUUUGUCAUAAUAUUAUGACUUUUUAAAAAUAACAUAUUUCAACUCCAUGCUAUUAAAAUGACAUUAUUUUUCCUCCUAAUAUUGCGAGUUUAUUCUCAUAAAAUUGUAACUUUUUCUCGUUAAGAUUACAACUUUUUUGUCUUAAUACCUUGACUUCAUUCUUGUAAAAUUACUGCUGACUUUCCAUUUUUGUUGUUGUUUUGUUGUUGUUGUGUUCUUGUUUAAUUAUAUUUAUAAAAUGUGGCACGGGCCAAUUAAAACCUGCUUCAAAUGGCCCCCCCGGAAGGCACUUUGGACACCUCUGAUCAAAACAGUCCAGUUGUGAUUGAUUCAAUAUCCUGACAUUACCAUGACCUGGAUGAAUGACACAUUUGAACUGAACAAUCUCCCACUGGAAAAGCAGCAAAUGCUGUUUGCUGGAGACGCACAGCACUUUUCCUGCCCCUGGUUUGUGUUUAUUCCGUAUGACAUCUGUAAAUCUUUAGUUGUGUUAUGUAUAACUUGAAUGUAUGUGUGUGGUAUCUUUUAUUUUAAUGUCAGCAUAACCUUGUGUCUAACUAGCUAGCAGCAUAUCCUCCGUGUCAGAGUGCUUUGGAGUUCCUAUUAUGCAUCAGACUAAGCCCAAGUGUAAAGAUGACAAGCAAUAAAUUCAACAUCAUUUUUUAUUGGAUUUUUUGCAAGAACAUUUAUCUUAAUAAAGUAGAAGAU